AUGAGGCAAGAGCUUCAGGCCUUGAAAACCAAUAAUACUUGGACACUCACCACUUUGCCUAAGAAUAAAAAGGCAAUAGGAUGCAAAUGGGUUUACAAAGUUAAAUUUAAACCCAAUGGAGACGUAGAAAGGUAUAAAGCCCGAUUGGUAGCCAAAGGCUACAAUCAAAUAGAAGGGCUGGACUAUAAAGAUAGGUUUUCACCUGUAGCAAAGCUUACCACAGUGAGAAUUCUCAUCGUUAUGGCCACCUCUAAACAGUGGCCAAUAUUCCAAUUGGAUAUUAAUAAUGCCUUCCUUCAUGGGUAUCUAAAUGAAGAGGUGUGCUUGACACCACCUCAGGGCUAUCACAAAGCCCAACCAGGGCAAGUUUGCUUGCUUAAAAGGUCCUUAUAUGGGCUUAAACAAGCCUCCAGGCAAUGGAACAUUGAGUUUACUAAUUUUCUCAAAAAAUUAGGCUUUGUUCAAUCUCCUCAUGACUACUGCCUUUUUACACAACACACUGGCAAUUUGAUUCUGAUUCUACUUGUGUAUGUUGAUGAUGUCAUUUUGACUGGAAACUCUAUUGAUGCUAUUAAUAAAUGCAAGCUUGCAUUAGACUCAAAGUUCACUAUCAAAGAUUUGGGACCUAUGAAAUACUUUUUGGGGCUGGAGAUUGCUAGAUCUUCUCAAGCAACUACUCUCAGCCAAACUAAAUACAUUUCGGAUGUGUUAAAGGAUGCUGGGAUGUUUGACUGUAAACCAGUCUCCUAUCCUCUACCUCAAGGGUUACAUUUAACUCCUGAUUCAGGAGAAAUUCUUGAUGAGCCUGACAUGUACCGAAGGCUCAUUGGGAGGCUUCUUUAUAUUAAUCUUACAAGGCCUGAUAUAUGUUAUGUCGUGCAACACUUAAGUCAAUUUAUGAGCAUGUCCCGAAAGCCUCAUUGGGAGGCUGCUCUACAUGUGCUUCGUUAUCUCAAGGGCACCCUUUAUCAGGGGCUUCAUUACCCUGUGAGCAAUGAUUUAUGCUUGAAUUCCUAUUGUGACUCUGAUUGGGCUGCCUGUGCUUAUUCAAGGAAGUCUCUAUCCGGAUAUUGCAUAUACUUGGGUCCUUGCCUCAUAUAUUGGAAGACGAAGAAACAAACCACUGUGUCUAAGUCUUCAGCUGAGGCUGAAUAUCGUGCAAUGGCUAACACUAUCUGUGAGUUGCUUUGGAUUAGCUAUGUUUUGCAGGAUUUGCAGGUUGCCAUUCAGCUGCCCAUUCCACUGCAUUGUGACAGCAAGGGCUAA